AUGGACCAAAAUGGGAUGGAGAUUCCUGUGACCCUCAUCAUUAAAGCACCGAAUCAGAAAUACAGUGACCAGACUAUUAGCUGCUUCUUGAACUGGACCGUGGGGAAACUAAAAACGCAUCUGUCUAACGUGUACCCUAGCAAACCAUUGACGAAGGAUCAGAGAUUGGUGUAUUCGGGCAGACUGCUUCCCGAUCAUCUGCAGCUGAAAGACAUUCUCAGAAAACAAGAUGAGUAUCAUAUGGUUCAUCUAGUAUGUACUUCUCGGACUCCUCCCAGUUCUCCAAAAUCCAGCACCAAUAGAGAAAGUCAUGAAGCACUGGCAUCCAACAGCAAUUCUAGUUCAGAUCAGUCAGGAUCAUCAACUCCAUCAUCCAGUCAAGAAACCUUGACUUUAGCUACCAGUUCUUCCUCAGAAGGAUUGAGGCAACGUACCCUUCCACAAGCACAAACUGACCCAGCACAGAGUCAUCAGGUCCCAUAUGUAAUGCAAGGAAAUGUAGACAACCAGCUUCCUGGGCAGGCUGUUCCGGCUGGAUUCCCAGUGUAUCCUGCUUUCAACCCACUGCAGAUGUUGUGGUGGCAACAGAUGUAUGCUCAUCAGUAUUAUAUGCAAUAUCAAGCUGCAGUUUCAGCUCAGGCCACGUCAAAUGCUAACCCAGCCCAGCCUGCUGCUACACAGCCUCUAAAUUUGGCACAUGUGCCUGGGGAAGAACCCCCACCAGCUCCAAACCUUGUGGCCCAAGAAAAUCGACCCAUGAAUGAAAAUGUUCAAAUGAAUGCACAGGGAGGGCCAGUGCUAAACGAGGAAGACUUCAAUCGAGACUGGCUAGACUGGAUGUACACCUUCUCUCGGGCGGCGAUCCUGCUUAGCAUUGUAUAUUUCUAUUCUUCGUUUAGUCGCUUUAUCAUGGUGAUGGGAGCCAUGCUGCUGGUUUAUCUACACCAAGCUGGAUGGUUUCCUUUUAGGCAAGAAGGAGUUCAGCAACAGGCUCCCAACAAUAAUGCCGAAGUUAACAAUGAUGUACAGAAUGCAAACAAUCUAGAACUUGAAGAAAUGGAGCGUCUUAUGGAUGAUGGGCUUGAAGAUGAGAGUGGAGAAGAUGCGGGUGAAGAUGCCAGUGCGAUUCAAAGGCCUGGAUUAAUGGCGUCAGCCUGGUCUUUUAUCACCACAUUCUUUACUUCACUAAUACCAGAGGGGCCUCCCCAGGUUGCCAAUUAG